AUGAUACCCAUCACUCAAAAUCUGCUACAAACCCUUCAAAACCAAAACAGCCAAGUUUCCACCGACUUAGCGCUUUAUUCUGGGUUUCACACCAACAAGUGCAACAAAGAACAAGCCAUGGUAGCCAUCACUCAGAAUCUGCUACAAGCCCUCGAAUGCCAAAACACCCUAGUUUCCACCGACUUAACGCUUUCUUGUGUGUUUCCCAACAAGUGCAACGCUAGCCAAGAAAAAGAGGUUUCAACAGCACUGACGCUGUUUGAUGAAUCAUGGUUUUCUUCCAAUAAGAGAAAAACCAUGCAAAAAGAUCAAUAUACUACUCCUCCUACUACUUUCAUCUCUCACAAUUAUUCCACAGUGGCCUCCAACACACAAGAAGAGAGUACGUCCAUGACGCUGAGCACUAAUUUUUCUCCCUGGACAAUCAUUAAGAAGCUCACGGCGAGUGAUAUUGGUAGUUUGAGCCGGCUCUUGGUGCAACAAAGUCUUGUCCGCCAACAUAUUCUGCCAUUCUUUGGUACAGACUCGGUUGCAAAGAUCGAGAGUAACGGAUUGAGUGUAAGAGCUUUCGAUCAAGAUUCAAACUCCGAUUAUGAGUUGGUUUUCAAGAAGUGGCCUUCAUCUAAGAGCUAUGUUUUUAAUGGAAAAUGGCACGAGAAUUUUGUGGCUAGGAGGGAAUUGAAGGUAGGAGAUAUCAUUGGGCUUUACUGGGAUCCACGCCCUUCAAAGUUCAAUUUUUGUGUUCUGCAAAGGGCUCCUCAGAUGUAUUAA